AUGUUGGUGUUUACGUUGGAGGUGGUGGUUGAUCAUAUCCAGGGAUGGGAGCAGCUGUUGCAGAGAUGUGCGCCCAUGGCACGACACUUUGAGAUGAGGCAUCCAGCAUUAGCAUUGCGAUUUCUGGACUUGGAGCCAGCUAUCGUCCAGGCAGAUGCGAUCACGGAGACAAGCAGUGAGCUUUUGAAUUUCCACGGCAGGGGAAAAGCCAUGGUCCUGGAGCUUCCGUGUGGCAUGCUUGAAGAGACCCUACCGCUGUGGCUGAUGGCUCUGGCUUUGCAGCCUGCAGAGGCUGACUCUGGCGCGAGGAGAGCAACGCUGUUGGCCUCUGCAUGCAUCAACUUGCAGCAGGAGGUUGCGAGGGCAAAUUCUCCGCCUGCAUGUUCAGCUCCUACAGUGUUCCGACGAUCCUGUUUCAGGAUGACGAGCGCGCACAAGUCCUUGCCAGACUUGCAGCUAGCUUGCUACAUGCGGGUCUAUGCUGGGGCUCACCAACCCUUUGCAGGUGAAGAGCUGCUGUUGGAACCCGUGGCGUUGCCAGUCGCAGGACAGGAGGAGCCAGAGCUCGAUCUCCACAGGCACUGCCACGCUGAGACGCAGACCGAGGUGGAAUCCGAGGUUCCAGGGUUGGUCCCUAUCGCUCCGCCUCCAGCAGCUGCGCCUGCCUCCUCCAAGCUGCAGAGCCAAGGGGCAGGACGCGCUAUGUGCCCGGCAAGAGUGAUGGAAGCCUCUGAGCUCCGCAAGCUCGAGGGUGAUGCGUGCGCUCGUCCCUGUUUUUCGCUGAUGAGAUUCAGCUUACCCACCUGGGCUUGCCAGACUCUGUGCCAGAUGCGGGACAGGCGCAGCAGCCAGCCCAGCCUGUUUCAGAGGAGCAGGAGGCCCUGCGUGAUCAAAGCGCUGCCAUACCCACCUCCCUGCCGCUGGUAUCGCAACUGGUGCGCGAGUUAA